AAGUGUCAUGUGACACCCUCCCUCGUCUCGUCCCCGCCUCUUUCCCCUCCCCGGCCCCGGCGAGCGCUGGUGUGGACGGGAAGCUCCCGGCCCAACGGAUUAACUGGAGCACGGACGCUGCAGCCGGUUGGGCCAGUGCCCUUUCCCGCUCUGGAAAGGAAGAGAAAUGGAAGUGAAAAAGUUGAGCAUUUCCUGGCAGUUCUUGAUAGUUCUGGUUCUGAUCCUGCAAAUUCUGUCUGCGUUGGAUUUUGACCCAUACAGAGUCCUAGGGGUCAGCCGAACAGCCAGUCAGGCUGAUAUUAAAAAGGCUUAUAAGAAGCUCGCCCGGGAAUGGCAUCCCGACAAAAACAAAGAUCCUGGAGCUGAGGACAAGUUCAUUCAGAUCAGCAAGGCUUACGAGAUUCUUUCCAAUGAAGAGAAGAGAUCAUAUUAUGAUCACUAUGGACAUGCUGGAGAGAGCCAGGGCUACCAGAAGCAGCGAGAGUACCGCUUCCGCCAUUUCCAUGAAAAUUUUUAUUUCGAUGAAUCCUUUUUUCACUUCCCAUUUAAUUCUGAGCGGCGGGACGCCACUGAUGAAAAGUAUUUACUGUACUUUUCACAUUAUGUGAAUGAAGUGGUUCCAGAUAGCUUCAGGAAACCCUACCUCGUUAAGAUCACCUCGGAUUGGUGCUUUAGCUGUAUCCAUAUCGAGCCUGUUUGGAAAGAAGUAGUUCAAGAACUGGAAGGCUUGGGUGUAGGAAUCGGCGUGGUCCAUGCUGGGUACGAGAGACGCCUGGCCCAUCACCUGGGAGCACACAGCACACCCUCUAUCCUAGGAAUCAUUAAUGGGAAAGUGUCCUUCUUCCACAAUGCAGUCGUUCGGGAGAACCUACGACAAUUUGUGGAAAGUCUUCUUCCAGGGAACUUGGUGGAGAAAGUUACAAAUAAAAAUUAUGUCCGAUUCCUCUCUGGCUGGCAACAGGAGAAUAAACCUCAUGUCCUUCUAUUUGACCAAACACCCGUUGUGCCACUGCUGUACAAGUUGACUGCUUUUGCCUACAAAGAUUAUUUAUCCUUUGGAUAUGUGUACAUGGGUUUGAGAGGGUCAGAGGAGAUGACAAGGCAGUACAACAUCAAUUCCAACACCCCCACCAUCUUGGUCUUCAAAGAACACAUAAACAAGCCUGCUGAUGUUAUCCAGAGACGUCAACUUUCAUUGUGCAAGAUGUGUUCACUUCUGUACUGUGUGGUUUUACUGACUGCCGAGGCUACCAAGUUGAGCAAACCCUUCGAGGCUUUCCUGUCCUUUGCUCUGGCAAACACUCAAGACACCGUGAGAUUUGUGCACGUCUACAGCAAUCGGCAGCACGAGUUUGCCAGCACCUUGAUACCAGACGGCGAGGCAUUUCAAGGGAAAUCGGGGGUGUCUAUCUUAGAAAGGCGCAACACGGCCGGAAGGGUGGUGUAUAAAACCCUGGAAGAUCCCUGGACCGGGAGUGAGAGUGAUAAGUUCAUCCUCUUGAGUUAUCUCGACCAGCUGCGGAAAGAUCCAGCUCUUCUGUCCUCUGAAGCUGUGCUUCCCGACCUGACCGACGAACUCGCUCCUGUUUUUUUCCUUCGGUGGCUCUACUCUGCUGCUGACUACAUCUCGGACUGCUGGGAUAACAUACUUUACAACAACUGGCGGGAAAUGAUGCCCCUCCUGUCCCUGAUCUUCUCUGCCCUCUUCGUCCUCUUCGGCACCGUCAUGGUCCAGGCUUUCAGCGACGCGAGUGAUGAGCGAGAAUCAAGCCCUCCAGAUAAAGAGGAUGCCCGUGAGAAGGCUGGGAAGGCUGAGCCGAGCUUCACCAAAGAAAACACCAGCAAGAUUCCUAAGAAAGGCUUUGUGGAGGUAACUGAACUCACAGAUGUAACAUACACCAGUAACUUGGUACGCCUGAGGCCAGGCCACAUGAACGUGGUCCUUAUCCUGUCAAAUUCCACCAAGAACAUCCUACUACAGAAAUUUGCUUUGGAGGUCUACACGUUCACUGGGAGCAACUGCCUACACUUCUCCUUCCUGAGUCUAGAUAAACACAGAGAAUGGCUAGAAUACUUACUAGAAUUUGCUCAAGAUGCAGCCCCGAUCCCAAACCAGUAUGAUAAGCAUUUCAUGGAACGUGACUACACUGGUUAUGUGCUGGCUCUGAAUGGCCACAAGAAAUACUUCUGCCUUUUCAAGCCCCAAAAAACAGUCGAAGAGGAGGAAGCCCUGGGAUCAUGCAGCAAUCUUGACUCUUCCCUCCAGCUGGGGGAAUCUCGAGGGAAAUCUUCCUGUGGCCUUGGAUCCAGGCCCAUCAAAGAAAAAUUGAGCAAGUUGUCCUUAUGGAUGGAACGCCUCUUGGAAGGCUCCUUACAGAGGUUUUAUAUCCCAUCAUGGCCUGAACUAGACUGAGAGGAUUUCAAAAAGAGAUUUGAACUCUUCAGACUUUUUCACAUGCCCCUGUGAACAGGUAUUUUCAGGACUGAAACUAUCACAAUGAACAGAGUAUAGAUUUUAGAUUGCUCUUCUAGAACAAUGGCUAGAAGAAUCUUUCCUUUGUCCCGUUCUGACCUAGGAGUGAAAAACACCACAGGUUUGAAUUCCCU